AUGUUCGAAGCUGAGCUUCCUCAGAGCCCAGGCCACCUCUACGCCAAGCUGGGCUUCACGGUGCAGGAAGGUGUCAUGUACAAGGACAUCAAGACUGUGUGUCGUGAGCCCGACAAUCUGAAUGGCGAGUGCAGCGAUUGCUUCAAGUUUAUGUUCGGAGGGGCCAUCGGCUUCGUGGGCACCACCAGCCCGAAGUUUUACAACCGCCAGGCGGUUUCGGUGCAGGAGUGCGUUGGCGACACGAUGCAGCUCUUCGAAGAGACCGCGGCGCUGCCGUACGACAAGAGCCGCCCCGACACCUCCAUCUGGUGUAUGAAGGAGCAUCGAUGA